AUGCAUUUCUAAACUUUCUUAGAAGAGCCUCAUAAGUUAUCCUCGUAUUAGUAAUUACAGCAAUAAGGUAAUUUAUGCUUAACUACUCUUUCAGUCAAUGAGUAAAAGGAACUGAAAGUUAAAUCUGAUAUACAGAGCUUAGAGCAAAUUUGGGUUUAAUGGUUAGCCCAACAACAAAUGUCUCAAAAGUAAAAUGAGGAAGCUUAAAAGAAAAAUGAGCCCAUAGAUGUAGAAUGCACUCAAGAGACAAAUGUAUUUCUACUCAUUAUAAGAUAGAUAGUUUAAAAGAGUGCUUAACUUAAAACCUUCUUUGAAAUCCUUAAAUCAAGGAUAAUAAAUGAAAAAUUUUACUCUACUAUGACUCAAACAUAAAUGACUUAAUUUUUUGAAGAAGCCACUACCUAAAUUUAAAACAAAAUCAAACUCUAUGAAGACAUCUAGAAAUUAAAAUUACUCUAAAAUUAUCCAAGUAGAAGAUAAUUUUCAUAUUCUUUUUAGCAAAUACUAAGAGGACUUAUUCAAAAUCUGCUAAUAUGAUACUAAAAAAAUGGUUGAUCGAGAAUUACAACAAUCCUUAUCCAAAACCGCAUUAAGUAGACUAGCUGGUCUAAUAAACAAAUUUAAGUAACAAAUAGGUAUCUGUAUUAAUGAUUUCUUCUAGGUCUUAAAUUGGUUUAUAAAUGCUAGAAAUAGUCUUAAAAAUAAAUCAAGCCAAGAGAAAAAGUUUAAACACAUAGUUGAAUGUAAAUUUAAGGAACUUGCUAUAACGAAAAAAAAAAAAAUAGAGCAAAGUAUUUGA